AUGUCUUCCAUUUCUCUGGCUCUUCUUUCAUUCCUUCCUCAUCUCAUCAUUCUUACAGCCCAGCAAGACGACAUCACCGCCAAGCUUAACUUCAGCCAAUUCAUACAGUGGGACUGCUUCGAUGAAAAUGGAAACCAGUACCCAGAUGCAAGCACCUACGGCUUCAACCUCUAUAGCCUUCUUUACUCUAACCUCACUUCCGACCCAAACACUGACUAUGGCUUCUUCAUUAAGUCUCAGGAUCAUGUUCCCGACCUAGUUAGGGCAAUCGGGCUCUGUAGAGGAGAUAUCACGCCAGACGCUUGUCGUAGUUGCCUUCACAUCGCACCUUCACUUCUCCUAAAGGAAUGCCCAAAUCAAAAGGAAGCGAUGGGAUACAACGACGGAUGCAUGUUACGAUACUCAAACCAGUCAAUAUUUGGGUCAUAUCGGAAACCUGACUACUACCUUCAAUAUCACAAUGAAGAUAAUGCAACGGAAGCGAGCUUCAAUAGAAUCGCUAAUGAUCAGGUGCAGAAUCUGACAAGAAAAGCUGCGGUUGGUGACUCCCGUCGCAAGUUUGCUGCAUCAGGUACGGAUGGGGCUUUCCAAGAACCUGUUUAUGGUCUUGUUCAGUGCACUCCUGAUUUGAUUGCGCAUGAGUGCAACAAUUGCUGGUGCAAGGUUGUCAAACUGAGCUGCAGUGUUAGAUAUGAGAAGUAUCCCUUCUAUGAUAUCAAUUCACUGCAACCAUCUCCUCCAUCUACGGUUAAUGCAACUUCUUCACCAGGAGACAGCAGCAGGUCAAGAAUUGUCAUAAUUAGCUUGGCUGUUCUGGCGGUUGCAUUUAUCAUAGUUCUCUCCUCCAUCUGCGCCUAUUCUCCGAUUAUGAAAACAAAGAAAACCAUUGAAAUUAAACUUGAAGAUAAUCAAGAUGAAAUCACGCCAAUUGAGUCAUUACAAUUCCACUUUCAUACCAUCAGACUUGCGACAGAUAACUUUUCUAUUGAAAAUAAGCUCGGACAAGGAGGAUUUAGACAAGUAUAUAAGGGUAGGCUCUCUAAUGGAAGAGAAAUCGCUGUCAAAAGGCUGUCCAUGGAUUCUGGGCAAGGAGACUCUGAAUUUAAGAAUGAAGUAUUGUUGGUGGCCAAGCUUCAACACCGCAAUUUAGCAUGGAAAAGUUGGAGGGAAGGACAACCUCAAAUAUAGUAGAUUCAUUAUUAAGUGAUGGAUCAAUAAAGGAAAUGACAAGAUGUAUACACAUUGGUUUACUAUGCAUUCAAGAAAAUAUAGGAAACAGGCCGACCAUAGCUGACAUUGCACUUAUGCUCAGCAGCCACUCAUUCUCUCUCCCUUUACCUUCAUAGCUUGUAUUCUUAAUGAAUUACAGAACUUUACCAGACAUGAGUUUGAGGGAGUGUAGUUCAGGAGUGACAAGGUCCACUGAACGUGACACUACUAGCUCUAUUCAAGCAUUAAGUAAACGAGAAUAUAACUUUGUUCAAGCAUCUGAAAUUGUAACCUCAGUGAAUCCUGAGCAACAUUCUCGCUAGGUGUUGUCCUUGAAGGUUAUAUAUAUAUAUAUAUAUAUAUGUUUGGUUUGCUCAA